UAACGCGUCUUCGGGUCGGGUACAGGCGGGAGGGAAACAAAGAAACCUCGGAACAAUAACGACAGAGCGUGAGAGCUUCUGCUUGACGUUGGCUGGCUGAGGCUUGGAGGAAGGAAGGGUUGUAGGGAGGCCUGAGGGGCUUCUCUCCGAGAACCUCCGUCCAGUCCCGUUCUCAGGAACGUUUCUUGGAACGUUAUCGGGAACCAAUCGCCGUGGCGUGGGCUGUUCUCCGGCGGGACGCGUUUUUCGCUGGAGUUUACUCUGGGUCGCGGCGGCUUGUUGUCAGAGAGCUGAGAGGCAGCGGCAGCGUGAAACACGAACGCGCGCGAGAGGGAGAGAGAAAUAGACAAAGAGAGGAGGGGGUAUUAGGCAGCACUGAGCGGAGGGCCGGCAACCCGAUCCCUCCCCCUCCGCACCCGCUCACGUUGUAGUUGGCCUGUGAGCAGCGCUUCUGCUGCUCAUCCUCCUAUUGGUCGUGGCGCCUCUCCGCAGCGGGCGUGCGAGCUGGUCGCCGCAAAAAGGCGUGGCGUCAUUCAGUAAACGCGUGUGAACGAGCAACGGUAACAACAACAGCAACGGCAAUGAAGAAGCGGUUUGGGAAGAAGGGAGGCGCGUCCCUCGGCGGGGGGGGGGGGGGGGGGGGNGGGAGCUCCGGCGGCGGCGGCGGCGGCGGCGGCGGCGGCGGCGGCGGCGGCUACGACGCGUCCGUGGUGCCCCUCCCUUCCGAGCAGGAGAUCAACUCCAUGUUCCUGGAGGUCAUGGAGAGCCACGGCUGUCCCUUCCAAGGCAAGAUUUUCAAUGCCAGGGUACCCACGAUGCAGCAGCAGGACGCGCUGAAACACCUGACGGCGGAGCAGAAGUGGGAGACGGUCGUGACCGAGCGAGCGAAGACCAAGGGGGGUGGCAGCCGGCGAGGGUCUACGGGCGGGAUAACACCCAGCGGGCGCGUGUCCUCCCGCUCCGUGCUCCCCUCAAACGACGCCGAGAGCACCGCGGUGGACUACGCGGAGCAACUCCUCUCCCCGGGAAUGCCGCCGCUCGACGAGAUCAAGGACCUCAAGCUGACCCUGCGAGGGGCCAGCAAGCACUGGCUGGUUGAGUUUUACGAGGCAGGCGGGCUGACCGCGCUGGUGAUGAACCUCAGCGACGUUGAGGUGAUUGAAGACAAGACCGACCGGGAUGUUCAGCUGCAAGUGGAGCUGCUCAAGUGCCUGAAGGCGUCCCUGAACAACCAGCUGGGCAUUGACUUCCUGGCGGCGAGACCAGAGGUGGUGGGGAUCCUAGCGCUUAACUUCGGCUCGGAGGACGUCUUCAUCUGCACACAGGCUUUGGAGCUGUUGGCGGUUCUGAUGGUGGACGGACCCGAGGGCUACCGCGCGGUCUUGGCCGCGAUGGACUACUUCAAGCUCGUCAAGGGGGAGCGGGUCCGCUUCUACUCGCUGCUGGACGCCCUCAUGACGGACGAGGCGGACCUCGCCUUCAAGCGUGACGUCAUGCUCUUCAUCAACACGCUCGUCAACAGCGCGAUGGAUAUCGAGGAGCGGAUCGAGAUCCGCGCCGAUCUGAUCUACACAGGCAUCCUCGAUGCCGUCGAGCGCCUCAAGAACCAGUCCACCGACGUUUUCAUGGAAGAGGGAGACGAAGCCCUUUCCGAAGACCGCAUCGAGCUGGACAACCAGCUGCACGUGUUCGAGGCGGUGAUGAACAAGGACAUCGCAGAGGUCCAGCACACGUACAGCGACGAGCAGACGGUGAACCUGUCGGACCCCGAGCAGCUUUACUCCACCAUCUGUUCGUCCGUGGUAGAGUACGACUGCUUCGGGGUGUUCUUGUCGAUCAUGCAACACCUGCUCGUCAUCCCCAGCGCUGACCUUGCGGGAAAGCAGCAGUGGGAAGCGGCAGAGGAGGCGAUUCACCAGAUCGUGACCCACUCCGAUGACGAGUUCUCUCUGACGUACGAAGACCUCAAGAAGAUGCUGGACUGGAAGGACCGCCUGGAGGACCUGUCGGUCAAGUGCAAGACGCUGGAGGAAGAGAACACCGGUAUGCGUUCCGGAGGCGUCGUUCCCGGAGGGGGAGCGUAUCCCGCUGGCCCCGCCAACAGUGGACUGGGGCCCGGAUUCGGGCCGGGGCUGGGGCCCGGGCUGGGGCCCGGCUUUGGGCCUGGACCGGGGGGGGGUGUGCCGGUGUCAGCGGCUCCGCCGCCCCCCGGCCCGGCCGGAGCGGUCCGCCCGCCGCCUCCGCUUCCGGGCAUGCCAGGGGCGGGGGUCCCACCGCCGCCCCCCCUGCCCGGCAUGCCCGGGGCUGGAGUGCCGAGCCCGCCCCCGCUGCCAGGGAUGCCCGGCGCCGGAGCUCCGAUGCCGCCCCCGCUCCCGGGAAUGCCGAGGCCGAUGGGGACGCCGGCACCACCCCCUCUCCCUGGAGCGCCAGGAGUCCCUGGGCCGCCGCCUUUGCCCGGGAUGGCCGGCAAGAUGCCAAUGCCACCGCCGAUGCCCGGGGGGGGGAAGCUUCCCGCGGCGCCCCCUAUGCUGGGAAACCUGCUGGCGAGGGGGCUCCCCGGAUUGGGACCGGGGUUGGGGCCAGGGCUGGGGCCGGGGAAGGGCGGCGGGUUUCCUGCUCCGCCUCCACCGAAUAUGCCUUCGUUGGCUCACGGGAGGCCCAAGAAGCCUAACAAGAAGCCCGACGUUGCGCUGCGAAAUCUCUUCUGGAACAAGAUCCCGGACACGAAGAUCACGGGCACGGUGUGGGAGAAGUUCGACAAGGAGCUGGGGGGUACGGAGAUGAAGCCGGGGGAUGACCAGAGCCUCCUGGACGUGAACUACGUCACGCAGCUCCUGUCGAGCUUCUGCAAGACCAAGCCGAAGAGCGGGGAGGAGGAGGAGGCGAGGAUCAAGGCAGAGCUGGAGCGAAAGAAGAGGGCCAACGCGCAGAUCACGCUCAUGGACCCCAAGACCUCGCAGAACGUCGGGAUCGCGCUCGCGAAGAUCAGGCUUUCUAACGAAAAGAUCGUCCAAGCCGUCAUCACGAUGGACGAGGAAGUGUUGGACAUGGAGAUCAUCCGUUCGCUCCGCCAGCAGGCCCCCACGGGGGAGGACAUAACGGCUCUCAAGGAGUUCGAUGGGGACCGCACCAAGCUCGGAAAGGUGGAACGUUUCUUCCUGGAGACGAUGAAGAUCCCGCGCUACGCCCCUCGGCUAGACUGCAUGAUCUUCAAGGGCGGCUUCGAGAGGGACGUGAGGGACUUGACGGAGACGCUCGACAUCGUCAGCAACUCUUGCACGCAGGUGCGGGAGAGCAAGUCUCUGAACCGGCUGUUGAAGAUGAUGCUGGCCGUCGGGAACUUCUUGAACGGAGGCACUCCGCGAGGAGGGGCGUACGGCUUCAAGGUUGACGUACUCAAGAAGUUCAGCGAGCUCAAGGACGUGACCAACAAGCGCACCCUCAUGCACGCUUUCGCGGAGUGGUGCCAACGAUCACACAAGGAUCUGCUCAACGUCAGCGACGACUUCCCUGACAUCGAAGAGGCGACGAAAACGCCCAUGUCGCAGUGGAACGCCGACUGGACCACGCUGAACGGGCAGGUCAAGCAGCUCACCGCGCAGCUUGGCAUGGCGGAGAAGAUGCCCGGCCCUACCGGGGACAGGUUCGUCCCGGUGAUGAAACCGUUCUUAGAGGAGGCUGAAAAGGAGGCGGCGGCGCUCAAAACCAGAUUCACGGCCGUGGACGCCGCGGCGACGGACCUCAUCAAGUCCUUCUCGGAGGACCCCAAAAAGACGGGCAUCGACGACUUCAUGCGGGAGUUGCUGGAGUUCCUCAAGCGCUUUGAUCGGGCGCAGCAUGAGAACACCGCGAGAGAGCUUAAGGCGAAGAAGCAGCGCGAGAAGAAGGAGCGAAUAGAGGCGAAGAAGAAGAUGAUGGCGGCGAAGAAGAACGCGGCUUUGGGAAAUGCCCACCACGCAGAGAAGGCCAACUUGGUGGACAACGUGUACGGCAAGAUGAAGCAGAGGGGCGCGGAGGAUGUCUUGGGAGACAUCGCCAAGCAGGACCGCAGGAUCAACCGAGCAAGACAAAGCAUGACCCCAGCGGAGGGUGUCACGAAACACUCAAGAGGCUCGUCGAAGCACCGCAUGAAGGAGCUCACGGAGGUGGGCGAGGUGGUCGCGGACGGCGACGAGGAGCUCCUGAAGGUGGCCAACAUGGCCAAGUCCGUCAGCAACAACGGGGGCGGCGGCAGCAGGGGUGGCGGCGGCGGCAGCGGAUCCAUCGCGGACGGCAAGCCCAAGAAGGACCGGAGGACGACCAUGCUCGGGCGCUUCCGACGGCCUCGCGCGGCGGCCCCGCAGGAUGGAGGGGGGGCGGGGGGGGAGAGCGGGGUGGAGACGAACGCCGCCCUGGCGAACUACAUCACCAGCAAGAAGGACAAAAAGGACAAGUCCGCUCGGAGAAGCGCUAAACCUUCAGGAUGAGCGGGGCACGUUGCUGCGUCUGGUGGUGGCGCUGGCGGAGCGCAGAGGUGUCGUUCCGCGUGCUUUUGCGGAUGGAUACAGCUGCGCUCUCUCUCCUGUGUCUCUCCUCUCUCUCUAUCUCGGGUGCCUAAGCUGCAUUUGGCGGGAUCGCAAUAGUGCCGGAGGCGAGCUGCUUAUGUACGACCGAGACGGUCAGUCGGCGGGACUGUCGGCGGGACUGUCACCCAUAUCUUCUCCUUUUUUCGCGUACUCAGUCGAUCCUGCGUCAUGGCGUGUGCAACGUCGGAAGGAAGGCGUCGCGCAGUGAGGUCAAUGGAAAUCGCGUGUGUUGAUCGAUCACCCUUCGGGGGAUGACAGAACAGUUGGACAGAAAGCGGUUUCGAGCGCCUUGAUGGGAGAGACCCCCGCCAGCCUUUCCGGUGGCAGCGAGGUUCGCUGUCGGUGGUACCGAUAAGGAUAGCGAACCCCAGGGAUCGAUUGAAUGCCGGAGCGAAGAACAAGAAUUGCACGCGCGUGAAGCCUUCUCUCUAUGUUUUGAUAUCUGGACGAAACCAACUGCUUUGUGUAAAGCCACGUGGUUUCUGAGAUUUACGCGUUCAUUUAUAACUUACGGUAUCCACGAGACUAUGUGGGUGGGGUGGGAAUUAUUUAUUGUCGUUUUGCGUUGAAUCUUGUAAUGUGGUACGGCGGAGAAGACUUGCUUCAGCUGUUGGCCUCUCGCGGCAGGCACAUCUUCGCCUCCAGUGCGCACUCGACUCGGCGGUGCUCGGGGGUAGUUUGGCACGCAAGCCGCCUGCUCUGUCGUAGAUGCCGGGUCUUCUGCAGCGCACGCAAGAGGGUGAAAACGAGGGCUUGCAGGGUCAUAUUUCUUCCUUAGGUCAUCGAAAAUAGUAUCGGUUAACACGGUGUGAAUCCAUCCGGAGCUGUAGCUGGCAAGGGUUAGGUUUAGCCAAGGCGAGGGAUGGGCGUGACGUGCCCUUGUCAGCAAUCCUAUCUGGCCUUGCAUGCUUUCUCUCGGACUUUAGGCGCUUUCUGAUCUUGGCACGACAGGCCCCGUGCGUCUUUCCUCGGCUGUUCGUUCUCGCGUGUUGACCACCAGGGUAGUUUUCAUGCCGCGCCAGAUUCAUUGUGUAGGCAUGAUGAGGGUAGCAGCAGCGGUUGUGACAUACAGGAGAUAUUGGGGGGAAAUGUUACAGUAGAUAGUUUAGGCACGCACAUUAGUGGUGCCGCAUCUUGUGUUCGGGGGAACAGGGCGGGGGUCGGACGGCGGGACCUCUCGUGUCGCUAGCGGGCUGGGGUGCUGCUCUCGAUGUUGGUUGAUGUUGAUGUAGAUGUCGUUGGUGAUGCCGUCAUUUGUUGUUUAUUUUAUCGCAUGACUUCCCAGUGUCGUGCCCAUAAUUCGCUGUUGUUGCUGUGUAGGACCUGUGUGUGCGUUGCGGUUAGACAACCGCCGCUACCUCCCUCGUUCAGCUUCGUCUAAUCGUGUUGUAAAAACGUCAAACACACGCCGUCUU